GUGACUCUGCAGGCUCCACCUUAAACGGCAGACACGUUUCUGAGCUGCGGAGCGGAGCAGCCUCUGAACACAACACGCUGUUUGAACCUGAGUGAGUGUUUCACGCGUGAGGAUGGAUUUUAAUGAAGCGAGGGAUGAACUGAAGCAGCUGCUGAGCAGAACGGAGCCCACACACUUACAAAGACUGAUCACCUGGAUCCGGAACUCAGAUGAGCUGGACGAGCUGCUGUCAGACAACAGGAAGGUGAUUCUACAGAACAUCUCUGAGGAGCUGAGAGAGCGUCUGCCUGCGGACGCCAUGCUGCCCUCUGAGACUUCUGCAUACAACACGAUGCAGCAGCGCCCUCAGCCCACGGUCCACGUGGACAGCUUCUUGUUUGAUGAAGACGAGGUGGACUCUCGCUGUGAGGAGGGGACCAUGAGCCGCUCGUUCUGCCUCAGCUGUGGAUCCCACAGAACGGCCCCGCUCGACUUCAUCUCUCACUCGUUCUCCAUAUCAGAGCUCCAGUUUCUGUUCCAGAACGUUCUGCCCGACCUCGGUGGACGGAUGCUGGUGGACGUGGGCUCCAGACUGGGAGCGGUCCUGUACGGGGGUUAUGUGUUCAGCACGGCCUCUCAGCUCAUCGGUGUUGAGCUCAGUGAAGAGUUUGUUAAACUGCAGAACGAAAUCGUGAUGAAAUACAACAUGACAGACCGAAUCCAGGUUCUCCACUCUGACGUCUGCCUGCAGAACGUUCUGCUGCAGAACGCAGACGUUCUCGUCAUGAACAACGUGUUCGAGUUCUUCAUGGAACCGUCACAACAAGUCAGGGCGUGGAGGUUCAUCAUGGAGAACUUUAGGAAGAAAGGAUCUCUGCUGGUCACAGUCCCCAGUCUGCAGGAGAGUCUGAACCCUCUGCAGGAGGCGCUGCAGCCCGGCUGGGUGGAGGAGCUUCCUGUGGACUAUGAUGUGUACCUGGGCAGAGACUCAGACCCAGACUCUCUCAGACUGAUCCACCUGUACAGAGUCCUCUGACCUGGACCAGUCUGAACAUCAGGAGAGAAAACUCGUGAACUGUUCUGGAUCAGGAAUCUUCUCAGACUACAGAUCUACUGUUUGUCGGUCUGGAUUGUUGUCAUAUAUUAAGAUGGACGGUGCAACAGCUUCCAAGGAGUGAAGCCAAAACAUUCAGCCCUCCCCCUUCUGACCGGCUACAGUGGAGGUCAUGAGCUCCGCCUCCUCCAUGUUAACAGAUGGGACAGAAGUUGAAACAUGUCAGAUAGCUGUUUCUCUAACAUGGUUUCAGUCAUGCUGUUUUAUGUCACAGUGUUCAUGAAUCGGAGAAGUUUAGUUUUAAUUGAUGAUGUAAAAAGGUGCCAUGAUUGACAGCUGUGUUGACCAAUGAGGCUCCUGCAGCGUCUGGAAUAUCAGAGGUGAGAGGAAACUUAACGAACAUCUACUUUCAAUAACUGUGUUCGCUUCAAACCGAAGCCCUAAACCUGUGGACUGAACCCACCUGAGUGACCUUUGACCUUUGAGCAGGAAGUUAAAGGCGUGUUUGAUUAGUAGAAGGGGCGGGGCGUUGAUUCCUCCCUUCUGUGAAUGUCCUGGCUCCAAAUGACAUCACCUGUCACAUGGGUAUUUUGGCUUUACAUUUGUACAACAGAAGGACAAGAAGAUGUGUUGUGUUUAGAAGCAGAAGAGACCAUAUUUAGACAAGAGGGCGGAGUUUCCCUCGCUCCCCUCUAGCUCUGCCCUCUUAAUAUGGUCACUUCCGUAGACAAAACAUUCUAACUGAAAGCAUGAACAAUCAUUUUCUCAGCUUCUUUUAGUACAACCAAACUAAGAGCAAGAAUUAGAUAGCCCAGAUAGCCCCGCCCCUAACUUCUCCCCUCUUCCUGGUCUCUUUGACUCUAAUUGGACCAUACUUAACUAAAUGAACAUCAUGCUGUGUUGAAGAAGACUUGAAACUAGAGAUUGAGACCAUAAACUUGUGAGAAAAAUGUUUAGUGAGGGAAUAAAUCAACAUUUGAUCAGAGAUUUAAAUACAAUCAGACCCUCCCCCCCCCCGCUGGACACUAGAAGUACUACAGAGACGUUACCGACUUAUUUGUGCAAUUUUGACAGCUUUCUUGUGAUACAUUAAUUUGUCUCUUGCACACCUGUCCGAUGAUGUCAUUUAAGAAAAAGAUGUCUGUCAUUUAAAUAAAUAAUAAAAUAAUAAUAAAAGUCAAA